AUGGCGCGGUCGAGUUACGCUCGAAACAAGAGUCCCCGGCCGCAGGGAAACAACGGCAAGGCGAAAAUCACUUCAUACAAGUCUGACGGAGUGGAGGACCAUGACAUCUUCCAGCUGCCAUCCUCCGAUUACGUAGUCGGUCUGGGACUGACCUUGCUUGGAGCCCUGGUCCGCAUCUUCCGCAUCUAUCAGCCCAGCAGCGUCGUCUUUGACGAAGUGCACUUCGGCGGCUUCGCAUCGAAAUACAUCAAGGGCAAGUUCUUCAUGGACGUGCAUCCGCCACUGGCCAAGAUGCUCAUCGCUUUGACCGGCUGGUUGGCUGGAUUCGACGGCAACUUCGACUUCAAGGACAUUGGCAAAGACUACCUGGAGCCCAAGGUUCCUUAUGUAGCCAUGAGACUGUUCCCCGCCCUGUGCGGUAUUCUUUUGGUUCCUUUCAUGUUCUUCACUCUCAAGGCGGCUGGAUGCCGUACCGUGACAGCUGCCAUGGGCGCAUCCUUGAUCGUCUUUGAGAACGGACUUUUGACCCAGGCUCGACUGAUCCUCCUGGACUCGCCCUUGGUCGCCGCCACCGCCUUCACUGCGCUCGCUUUCUCCUGCUUUACGAACCAACAUGAGCAAGGACCAGCCAAGGCUUUCCGGCCUGUUUGGUGGUUCUGGCUGGCCAUGACGGGGCUUGGCUUGGGCAUUACUGUCAGCAUCAAAUGGGUCGGUUUAUUUACCAUUGCCUGGGUCGGCGCCUUGACUCUUCUGCAACUCUGGGUUCUCCUUGGAGACAACAAUAACGUCACCAUGCGUCUCUGGACCAAGCACUUCAUGGCUCGAGCUUUCUGCCUUAUUGUCAUCCCACUCACCUUCUACAUGGCCAUGUUCGCCAUCCACUUUGUCUGCCUGGUCAACCCCGGAGACGGCGACGGUUUCAUGACCUCCGAGUUCCAGGCAACGUUGAACAGCAAGGGCAUGCAGGACGUCGCCGCCGACGUUGUUUUUGGUAGCCGCGUUUCGAUUCGACACGUCAACACGCAAGGUGGCUACCUGCACUCUCACUCUCUCAUGUAUCCUACCGGCAGCAAGCAGCAGCAGAUUACUCUGUAUCCUCACAAGGACGAGAACAACAUCUGGUUCCUGGAAAACCAGACGCAACCCCUCGAUAGCCAAGGCAACCCCAUCAACGGCACCAUGGCAUGGGACAAUCUUCCCGACGGCCCCAUCUUCAUCGAGAACGGAGCUGUUCUUCGACUGUUCCACUACCCUACCCACCGUCGCCUUCACUCCCACGAUGUUCGCCCGCCCGUCACGGAAGCCGAUUGGCAGAACGAGGUUUCCGCCUACGGAUACGAAGGCUUCGACGGUGACGCAAACGACUUUUUCCGCGUUGAAAUUGUCACGUCCAAGUCAAAAGGCUCGGUUGCCAAGAAGCGCGUUCGAACCAUUGAGACGAAAUUCCGUCUGGUUCACGUCAUGACUGGCUGUGUCUUGUUCUCCCACAAGGUCAAGCUUCCAGAUUGGGCCUCGGAGCAGCAGGAGGUGACUUGCGCCCGUGGCGGCAGCUUGCCAAACAGCUUGUGGUACGUCGAACACAACGAACACCCACAGUUUGGCCCAGGCACAGAAAAGGUCAACUACCGCAACCCGGGCUUUUUCGGCAAGUUCUGGGAGCUCCAAAAGGUCAUGUGGACCACAAACGCCGGUCUCACGGACUCUCACGCUUGGGAUUCGCGUCCCCAGUCCUGGCCCCUUCUUCGACGGGGCAUCAACUUCUGGAGCAAGAACCACACGCAGAUAUACCUCAUUGGCAACCCCGUCAUCUGGUGGUCCUCCACCCUCAGCAUCGCCGUCUGGUUCCUCUUCAAGGCUGUCGCCGUUUUGCGAUGGCAGCGAAGCUACGACGACUACGCCAGCACCACGUUCAAGAGAUUCGACUAUGAGCUCGGCACCUCGGUUCUCGGCUGGGCUCUUCACUAUUUCCCCUUCUUUCUCAUGGGUCGUCAGCUGUUCCUGCACCACUACUUCCCUGCUCUGUAUUUCGCCAUUGUCGCUCUCUGCCAACUGUUUGAUUUCCUGACGGUUCGAAUUCCAGGAGUCGGCGCCAAGGACAACGCGGUUGUGAACAAGGCAGCCACCAUGCUGUUCUUGGUCCUCUCCAUCGCCGCUUUCUCCCUGUACUCCCCUCUGGCCUAUGGCAACAGCUGGACCAAGAACGACUGCAAGCGCGUGAAGCUGUUUGACAAAUGGGAUUGGGAUUGCAACACCUUUUUUGACCGGUACGAUCAGUACACCCCCGGCUACGAGGCCGACUCCAACGUCCCCAGCUCGUCAAGCCCCGCGCCGCCUGUCCUGGAGAGCCAGCUGCCCGGAGGAGCCGGCGUCUCUGCCGAUGCCGGGCCCGCUGGUGCCAGGGUGGUUAACCAAGAGCAGAGAGUCGAGUACCGAGACCAAAACGGCAACCUCUUGAACGAGGAGCAAGUCAAGGCGCUGCAGGGCAAGGUCAAGUUUGAGACCAGGUACGAGACGCGAACCCGAGUCGUCGACGAGGGCGGCAACGAAGUGGCGGCCGGGCAUGCCGCCGUGGCGCCCCCGCACCCCGACGUGCAGGGCGUGAACCCAGAGACUGUCCAGGACAACCAGCAGCAGGCCGAGGCUGACAGCAACGUGGCCGCCAGCCGUGACGGCGAGAAGGAGGCGGAGCAGAUGAAGGCCAAGCCCGCCAGCGAAGGCCAAGAAGCCACGCACCGUGAUGAAUUGUAG